GCGUCUCUGACAGCCUCGGCGGUGGGAUCUGAGCCCCUCGCCAGCCUCGCGCAGUCACCGCGGCCUCCACCGCGUCCAGAGGGGCAGCCGCGUCCCAUCCUUCGUCUCGGCGGCCACAACUGGGGGCAGUCCGGCCCGUUGUCGCUGCGGAGGCCGCAUCUGGCGCGCAUCUGGAACCGCCCGGCCCACCGCGCUGGAGCCCGCGCCUGCCCUGGCCCGGCCACGCCGGGAGCCCUGCCCGGAGCUGGAGCCGCAUCUGGAGCCGCGGGCCCGAGGCCCUGAGCCGCGCAGCCGGCGCAUGGUGAACUCGCUGCUGUUCGGAGAGAUGGCCUUGGCCUUCGGCUGCCCGCCCGGCGGCGGCGGCGGCGGCGGCGGCGGGGGCUGCCCCGGUGGAGGCGGUGGCGGCGGCGGGGCCGGUCCAGGGCCGUCGCCAGUGACGGCGGCGCUGCGGGAUGACCUGGGAUCCAACAUCCAUCUCCUGAAAGGACUCAACGUGCGCUUCCGCUGCUUUCUGGCCAAGGUGCACGAGCUGGAGCGGCGCAACCGGCUGCUGGAGAAGCAGCUGGAGCAGCAGCAGAGCGAGCGCGAGCGGCGGCUCCGCUACAAAACCUUCUCCCGGGAGCAGGCCGUGCAGACUGGGCCCGAGCUACUGCGGCCGCCCGCAGCCGGCGGCGGCCACGGCAGCAGCGUUGCUGUCGGCGUCAACGCCAACGCGAUGGCCCUGGGCGGCCUGCCCCCCGGCGGCGGCUCGCACCCGCAGCACUACGGCCGCCUGCCCGGGACCAUCUGGAGCUACACGCAGGUGCGGCGCACGGGUGGCGGCGGCGUGGAGACCGUGCAGGGCCCCGGCGUGUCGUGGGUGCACCCCGACGGCGUGGGCGUGCAGAUCGACACCAUCACGCCGGAGAUCCGCGCGCUCUAUAACGUGCUGGCCAAGGUGAAGCGGGAGCGCGACGAGUACAAGCGGAGAUGGGAGGAGGAGCUUGCUAAGCGCAUGAACCUUCAGACCAUGGUAGACACGCUGCAGGAGGCAGCGCAGGAAGCUGAGGCCAUCCAAGAGGAGAUGAACGAGAAGAUUGAGCGGCUCAAGGCUGAGCUAGUGGUGUUCAAGGGGCUCAUGAGUGACCCCAUGACAGACCUGGACACAAAGAUCCAAGAAAAGGCCAUGAAGGUGGAUAUGGACAUCUGUCGCCGAAUCGAUAUCACGGCCAAGCUGUGCGAUGUCGCACAGCAGCGGAACUCGGAAGACGUGUCCAAGAUCUUCCAGGUGGUCCCCAAAAAGAAAGAGCGUAAAGUGGCUUCAGAUGAUGACAUCUCGGAGCAGGACGGGGAGGUGAAUCGGUUCUCAGAUGACGAGGUCGGCUCCAUGAAUAUCACAGAUGAGAUGAAACGCAUGUUUAACCAGUUGAGAGAGACCUUUGAUUUUGAUGAUGACUGUGACAGCCUGACGUGGGAAGAGAAUGAAGACACGUUGCUGCUUUGGGAAGAUUUCACCAACUGUAACCCGACCAUUGACCUGCAGGGCGAGCAAGAGGAAAACUUGGGCAACCUGAUCCAUGAGACCGAAUCCUUCUUUAAGACAAGAGACAAAGAGUACCAGGAAACCAUAGGCCAGAUCGAGCUGGAGCUGGCCACAGCCAAAAGUGACAUGAACCGCCACCUGCAUGAGUACAUGGAGAUGUGCAGCAUGAAGCGAGGCCUGGAUGUGCAGAUGGAGACCUGCCGCAGGCUCAUCAAAGGCUCUGCAGACAGAAAUUCACCGUCCCCCAGCUCCGUGGCCAGUAGCGACUCAGGAAGUACAGAUGAGAUCCAGGAUGAGUUGGAGCGGGAGGCAGAUGUGGAGCCCAUGGUCAGCUGAUGACGGAGGCCUCACACAGCUGGUGGUUCUGGUGAUGGGGUUCCGGCCCCCUCUCUCUCCACAGGGCCAGGAAGGCUCCUUGGAGCGGGCUCCAGUCCUCACCACACAGACUUCCUCCGUCUUCCUUUCUCUGGAGGCCUGAGGGACCGCUGCUUCCUUCCUUCCUUCUUCACCACUCCACCACCGACCAGUGCCCCUUUUCCGUCCAUCCACCACCCCUCCACCCACGGAAUGGUGCUGUCAAUUUCUAUCGUUCUCCACAUUACAAAUGCAGACUUCUGUGCGAUGAUGCAGGUGUCACUGUGCCUUCUCCCUUAAGCUGAGCCACUUUGAGCUCCAAAGUAUUAUUACUAAGCAGGUGUUUUUAUACAAAAUUCUAAGGUGAGGGCGGGGCCCGGGGCGGGGCGCGGUAUCAUAAGGUUCUCUACCCUCCCACCUGCUCCUCUGAUUGGCUAUGAGCUUUGCCCUCCCUUCCUCUGUCCUGGCACUGGACUGGCUCUGUGCUUGGGGUGAUCUGCCUUCCCCAGGAAGGAACCAUUUGCCUCCAGGCCUGGGUGGGGACCUCCCAUGCUCUCACUCACUGAAAGAGAGAAAGGUGGAAGGAAGGGAGAGAAGACCAAUUUUUUCCUUUUCUGUUUUUUGGAUUUAGUGGCAAAGUGGAGGGACAAGGCACUGUGGGGUGGGGGGAAGGUGGAGCCUCACUGUGUUUAAACUACCUAUGCAAAAAAACAAAACAAACUAAAAGCAGCUUGCCUUAUAUCAUUGUGGAAGAUAGGCCUUCUCCUGGACUCCUGGUGUUCCCCAGGUCUAGGAGGGAGGCUGGAGUUAGGGUAUCUCUCUUGCAGCCCCAAGGGCGAGCAGUAGCAGGGGAGGGGGUCUGGCCAAGGUUGGUUAUGAGACCUGCAUUCCUGCAAGCUCAGCCCACCUGACUGCUUGCUUUCUUUGGGACCUCUGUGGGGUGGGGAGUGGGGGUCUUAUUGUCCUGAUGACUUGAUGUUCUCCCCUCCCUCUCCAGCCAACCAUAAGGGGUUAUAGAACUAUACUUUCUCUGUGAGAAAGUCUGAAGAGGCCAGGCCUGGUACCUACUCUGUCCACAGUGGAGCUGGUUAGUACCAGCACGCCACCAUCUUGGUUCUCCACUGUCCUGCUACCACCUGCUGCUUGGUUACUGGCAGGAAGCUGGCAUCGGAAACAGAGGGGAGGGAAAUGGUGGGCUGGAGGUGGCUUGGGUAGGAGCCCAGGUGAGAACCAUGCUCAUUUUGCUCAUUUGCAAGCCUCUCCAUGAUUGACUUGACUGCCCAGUUGGGGAGUUAACCUGAGCCAGUCUCUCCCCAAGGCUCGAGUGGAUCUGACUUGCAGGGCUCUGAGCCCGUCGGCCAAGUCUCCGCUGGGAGCCUGCCCAGCAAGCAGGCUCUGCCCCCAACCCCCACUUUUUGUGCCCACUACUAUGGGUGUGAUUGCCCACCCUGGUUUUUCUUGACCCAGGGGCUCCCUCUAGAGGCCAAAGGAGCAAAAUGUGCCUGGAGGACCAGAACUACCAUCCUCUGCCUAUAUGUGCAGGCAGAGAGGGACUCUGGGCUGGAGUGGACUUUCCUGUGCAGGGCACUAUCGACCUUUAAAGACUUUCUCGCUCUUCCAUCAUCCACACCUGUUUUGCGUUUUAAAACCAUUGUACAUAAUAUUCAUAUAUAUGUGUAGAGAAAGAGAGCGAGUGCUAGUGACUGUAAUGUAACUUAUCAGAAUUUGGUGGCCUUUCUUAUGCAUUUUUUUCCUUUGUUUUGUUUUGUAAUGUUGGGGGACAUCCCACCAGUCCCCUGUGCAGCCUGGCUGCAAGACUUCUGUUAUCAUCUCUUAGCCAAACAGUCCCUUUUGGCAGGUACUUGGAGGGACAGUGGUUUGGGAAAAGAGACAGCCCCCACUCCCACUGAUCCUUGUUGUAAAGGUUACAGGGUUCACACAUAACUGAUUAUUAUUAUUGUUGUUAUUGUUAUUAUUUCAUUGUUGUUUUGAUUUUAACCAAAGGUUAUCAGAGCCAUGGGCUUGAACCUCAGCUGCUGAAAAGAUUUUCCGUUUCCGUGAGGGCAGGAAGAUGGCUGCCCCAUGGGUCUUCUCUGCCCAGGGCUGAGGGAGGCAUCCGAUGGUGGGCUUUGGGAAUUUCACAGGCAGGGUAGAAGCCAGUCCUGGGCUGUUCCUCAAGGUGGUGGGAGGGUGACAGACUUAUCUUUAGAGUUACGACAGUAAGGCAACAGUGUGAGUAUCUGAGGAUGACAAAGGUGACCGUGGCCAUUGAUGUUCUGUGGUGUUAUUUUUGCUUUCUCCACUGUAUACAGAGGUCGUUUGUCUGUCGGGUGCUCUGACUAUGUCUAGGUCAUAUGAGAAUGGCAGUUUCCAGAGAGAGACAUGGGCCUGAGAGUUCCUUCCUGCUGGCUUUCAAUGUCUGCUUUUCCAUUGGGAGCAAGGUUUUAGGGCAGGAGGGUGAGGGAGGAAGAGCAAGGGUGUGGUGGCCCUGCCUCCUGGGCUGGUUCCUGGGUCUCAGCCUGGCCGCCUCCCACUCCACUAAGUUCUUUUUUAAGUUUGUUGCCAGUGGGUCCUGCUUGUCCCCUCACCAUGAGCCCACAGCUUGCCAAGAAAGACCCCACUGCUCACUGGGGCAGCACCUGGCCCAGUUGGGCUAAACUGGUCCGUCCUUUGUAAAGCUGUAAAUACUUACGUUUUUGGUUUUCUACUUCUAAACCCAGUGUCAUAUUGACAUUGGUAUUUUGGAAUUGUUCUCAGAUGGGCUGUCCCAUGCUGCCCCCCCUUACUCUCCUGCUUUUGGGGGUUCUAUAGACUGGGGAGUGGCAGGGAAGUAGCAUCCUUUUGGCUCCCUGGUU